UUGAACGUCCUAUGUGGAAAUUUGAACGUCCUAUGUGGAAGUUUGAACGUUCUAUGUGGAAGCUUGAACGUCCUAUGUGGAAGUUUGAACGUUCUAUGUGGAAGUUUGAACGUCCUAUGUGGAAGCUUGAACGUCCUAUGUGGAAGUUUGAACGUCCUAUGUGGAAGAAGUUUGAAAAGUUUGAACGUCCUAUGUGGAAGUUUGAACGUCCUAUGUGGAAGUUUGAACGUCCUAUGUGGAAGUUUGAACGUCCUAUGUAGAGAUGAAAACGUUCUAUGUGGAAGUUUGAACGUCCUAUGUGGAAGUUUGAACGUCCUAUGUGGAAGUUUGAACGUCCUAUGUGGAAGUUUGAACGUCCUAUGUAGAGAUGAAAACGUUCUAUGUGGAAGUUUGAACGUCCUAUGUGGAAGUUUGGAGGUCCUAUGUGGAAGUUUGGACGUCCUAUGU